UCAUGAUCUUUAUUUUAUUUACAUUUAGGAUUUAUCUCCGUAUUGUCAGGAUUCUACGUGAUGAUUUUUUAUUGGUAAAUAUUGAAAUUUUAAAGGUCGAUAAAUAUUUGUCAAAGGCCAUAUUAUAAAUAUGUAUAAUUCAUAGUUCCUAAACCCUAAACUCACUUUCCUCUCUUCGUUUGUUGAGUUUGGUACUUGCAUCUUUUUGCAUUAUUAUGAAGCAUGAUUUGUAUCUACUGCAAGAAAUAUGGAUAGAGAUUUUGAUGAGACUUCCGAUUAGAAGCAUUGCGAGAUGCAAAUGCGUUUGUAAAUUAUGGCGCUAUCUCGUGCAAUCGUAUACUCCAAAACCAGGUAUGGCUUUCCUUCAUCAAGACAAGAUGGGUUACGCCGUCUGCGAUGAGGCCUAUGAGCCUCUUGUCCGAUUCCGCUUGCCACCUCCUCAUGAUCAAUAUGCAAUCCCUCGUGUUAUAAUUGAUUCGGUUAAUGGUUUGCUUUUGUUGUGGGAUGGAUCGGAUAAUCAUCAUAAUAUUCUUUUCAUAGUCAAUCCAAUGACUUGUGAAUAUAUCGAGCUUCCUCCUCUACCUACACGUAGGUGCCUAUUUGGGUUUGGGGUAAGCAAAUUAAACGGGCAAUAUAAGAUUUUAUGUGUCGAUGAAUCUAGGACUUGUGACCUCUUCACUCUAGGAGAAGGAGAAGGAGAGGGGUUGUGGAGAAUCAUCCCAUCAGCAGCGACUAGACUACCCGACAAAUCACGGGUGUCCAGAUACCUCCAAACUAGACUUUUACGUGCUUAUACUUUAUUUUUUAGAGGAAAUCUUCACUGGAUUGCAACUGAUUUCGAGAAUAAUUUUGUGGUUUGUUGCUUUGAUUUUGAAACAGAUGUCUUUACCAGUUUUUCUCUGUCCCCUCGUGAAAAUGGAUAUUCCGUUUAUACAUAUGGCGAACAACAACUAUGUGUUUUGAAUGAUCAACUAUGGGCAUGCGAUAUAAUAGGUGAUAAUGUUGUUAUUUGGAAGAUGAACAACUAUCAAGAUUCAAAUUCUUGGAAAACAGAGUAUACCUUUGCCCAAAUACCAAGUAGUAUCCAUGAACCAAAUUUCCAUUAUAUUGUUUUUCCGCUCAAAGUUUUCAGCAAUGGUGACUUGUUGGUUGGUGUUGAAGAUCGAUUACUUGUGUACUCUACAACCACCAAAGUUAUGGUCCCAUACGCUCAUCUUCAGCGAUCUCACUAUCAUAAUUUGCCUAAUAUAACACAUUAUACCCCCAGCUUUCUUUCACUCAAAAUCAUGGGAAUUAACAAUGUUUCAUCAUUACUUAUUUACUAG